AUGACAUUCUCCUUACAAGUGAAGAAUCUUGUGUGGGCAGCCGUCGGUAUUGUUGUACUCCUUGUGACUCAAGUCCAAUCUCAGGGUCGAGCAAUCUGUCAAGGUGCCUUACUCAAGGGAUAUGUAACCCCUAAUCAGAGGUUGUUACCACCGAUGUGGCAAGGAGUUACUGCGUCUGGAUCUGGCCAAUGUCUCUCUUCAAAAGCAUUUGCUUUAGGUACUCAGCCCAACUUUGCAAUCACCUCAACUGGACCUUUGACGUGUGCGGACAGAACAUAUUGUCCUAACCCCAGUAACUCCGCAACAAAUCCAAACACAGCCAUCUGUGAGGGGAACACACUCAAGGGAUAUGUAACCUCUAAUCAGAGGUUGUUACCACCGAAUUGGCAAGGAGCUACUGCAUCUGGAUCCGGUCAAUGUCUCUCUUCCAAUGCAUUUGCUAUAGGUACCCAGCCUAACUUUGAAAUCACCGCAAGUAGCCAAUUGAGGUGUGGAAACGGACCAAAUUGUCCUUAG